AUGAACACCUCCUUAAUUCAUGUUUCAUUGCCAUACACUUCAGCUCAGAAUACAGCGCGUCGUUUACCACCCUCUGUCAGUCAUAUUCGACAUCUGCCAUUAUUGAACAUCAAUGUGUCUGGAGCCUCUAAGUGA